CUGGACGAUGGCAGACAUCCAGAGGAAACACGACGACGUGACAGUGACAGUGGACUCAAGCCCUGGUCACAAAGGUGUAGACGGAAAGGACGAGAAACCUGAGGGUACUUCCGGCAAACUAUCGGGUCUGUUGUACAGUGUAGAAGAGGUACCCCCAUGGGGUCUCUGUAUUUUGUUAGGAUUUCAGCAUUACUUAACAGCAUUUGGAGGGAUCCUGACGGUUCCGUUGAUCCUGUAUCGAGCGUUUUGUAUAGCAGAGGACAGGGUCGGUCUAAGUGAACUAAUCAGCACCAUUUUUUUCUGUUCCGGCAUGGCCACGCUACUACAGACUACACUAGGCGUCAGGCUUCCGAUCAUCCAAGGAGGAUCCUUCACUUUUCUCACGCCAACAUUCGCACUUCUAUCUCUCCCGAAAUGGUCGUGUGAGUACACGGAAGCCGAGAACGGACUCCGGAACCUCACAGAUCUACCUCCCUACGGCAGUCCCGGCCACCAGGAGAUAUGGCAUAUGCGCCUGCGCGAGAUACAGGGCGCCAUUAUGGUCGCGUCGCUUUUCCAGGUCGUGAUUGGUUUAACAGGUAUCAUGGGCGUGGUCCUAAGAUUUAUUGGCCCUCUAGCGGUCACCCCUACCGUGUCACUGAUCGGUUUAGGUCUGUUCCCGGAAGCGGCGGACCUUGCAUCCAAGCAGUGGUAUAUAGCCGUCAUGACUAUGGUGCUGAUUGCACUGUUUUCACAGUACCUUCGGAACAUCUCUAUACCCUUCUGUAGAUACUCAAGGCAAGACGGAUGUGGAACGUAUAAGCUUCCUAUAUUUAAACUGUUUCCGGUGUUGUUGGCGAUGUUGUCGGCUUGGGGAAUUUGUGGGAUUUUGACAGCAGCUGGAGCUUUUCCAACCGAACACACGGGAUGGGGAUAUGAUGCUCGGACGGACAUAAAGUUAAGCGUACUGAGUGAUUCCAAAUGGUUCCGCUUUCCAUACCCAGGUCAAUGGGGAGUACCCACUGUCAGUACUGCGGGAGUGUUCGGCAUGCUGGCGGGCGUCAUCUCGUCUAUGAUCGAAUCUGUUGGAGACUACAUCGCAUGCGCACGACUGUCUGGAGCGCCACCUCCACCGGAUCAUGCUGUUAACAGGGGUAUCGGGAUGGAGGGAAUUGCCUGUGUCUUAGCUGGCGCGUGGGGAUCCGGAAGCGGAACGACGUCAUACAGUGAAAACAUUGGUGCCAUUGGCAUCACCAAGGUGGGCAGUCGGCGCGUGGUACAGAUUGGAGGCUGUAUGAUGCUCAUACUAGGCUGUCUGGGUAAAUUCGGGGCAAUGUUUGUCACAAUUCCCGAUCCCGUUAUUGGCGGCAUGUUCCUCAUCAUGUUUGGAAUGGUGGUGUCUGUAGGAUUGUCCAACCUACAGUACGUAGACUUGUCGUCCUCCCGCAAUUUAUUCGUACUGGGUACAUCCUUGUUCUUCGGUCUCGCAUUUCCGGUCUGGAUAAAGGGCCACCCGAACAGGAUAGACACUGGUAAUGAUGUGGUUGACCAGAUACUCUCCGUGUUACUGGGAACAAACAUGUUUGUAGGCGGUCUUGUCGGACUUGUACUGGACAACACUAUUCCAGGGACAGACGAGGAGCGCGGGAUAAAGAAAUGGCGGGAAAUGACCAGUGUGACGGGAGGAGAGACUAAGCGCAGCACGGUGUAUGAUAUACCCCUUAUACAACCACUUCUCGACAAACUCUCGUGCUGGCAUUACUUCCCGAUGUGUCCGGCAUUUAACGGGUGUCAGCGACGACGUCAGGAUGAUCACGUAGUUGACAACCCCAAAUCAUAUGUCAAUAAGGGAUUUACUGACGGACAGGACAAAGAUUCAACUAAUCUGUAA